GCGAAAUGGAUCAGAUCAACAACCAGUUUACUCACUAAGGCAACAUUUUGAUGAAACAAAUCAUGACAAUGAUGGAGAUAUGCAUUACUUCAACUUUAGUACUCUAAAAGCUGCUACAAAUAACUUUUCAGAUGUUAAUAAACUUGGAGAAGGGGGGUUUGGUCCAGUUUACAAGGGAAAGCUGAUGGGUGGUGAGGAAGUAGCAGUGAAAAGACUAUCAACAAAAUCAAGUCAAGGACAUGAAGAGUUUAAGAAUGAAGCAAAGGUCAUUUGGAAGCUUCAACAUAAGAAUCUGGUCAGGCUCUUGGGAUGUUGUGUUGAAGGAGGAGAAAAACUUCUAGUCUAUGAGUACAUGGCAAAUACUAGCCUUGAUGCUUUCUUGUUUGAUCCAUUGAAGUGCAAACAACUUGAUUUUCUCAAGCGCGAAAACAUUGUCAAUGGGAUUGCAAGAGGAAUUCUCUACCUCCAUGAAGAUUCUCGACUCAAAAUCAUCCACAGAGAUUUGAAAGCAAGCAAUGUACUAUUAGAUGAUGAGAUGAACCCAAAAAUAUCAGACUUCGGAACUGCCAGGAUAUUUGGAGGCAAGCAAAUUGAUGCCAGCACCAAUAGAAUAGUUGGAACAUAUGGUUAUAUGGCACCCGAGUAUGCUAUGGAGGGAGUUUUCUCAGUUAAGUCCGACGUAUACAGUUUUGGAGUUCUUAUGCUAGAAGUGAUGAGCGGGAAGAAAAACAUUGGUUUUCUGAACAUGGACAGAGCACAGAACCUUCUGUCAUAUGCGUGGGAGCUUUGGAGUGAAGGAAGAGCAGAGGAAAUGAUAGACAAGAACUUGAGUGGAGAAUGUCCUGAGAGUGAGGCUGUAAAAUGGAUCCACAUAGGGUUGUUGUGUGUGCAAGAAGAUCCUAACAUCAGGCCUACCAUGUCAAUGGUUGUUCUAAUGCUUGGAAGCAAAUCGAUUCAGCUUCCUCAGCCAUCAAAACCUCCAUUUCUUACAAGUAGAGGGUCUCUAAGUAGAUAUCAAUCUUCGACAACUGAAACAGGAACAGGGUUACACACCACAGAUCAGUCAUCUACUAGUGCUUCUAUUUACCGCGGUGGAAACAGAAGAUAUUUCAAUCAUCUGUUUUUAUCUCUACAACAAAAAAGUUCGUUUCUUUAUCAGCUUUUCCAAACCAAAAUCAUGUUCUGUUUCCUCGAUUACAGAUCUUUCCCAAUUUCGUUGCUAAUCCUGAUUUCAAUCUUUGGGCUCAGCCACUCCCAUCAUUUCGAACCCAAAUAUAGGUUCCACAUCUGUUCAGCGCCAAGUAAUAACAUAACAAAUGCUAAUCUGGGUUCGAACCUCAGUGGCUUACUGAGUUCCUUAUCAGAAGCUUCAUCUGACAGCUUCUACAAUAUAACUUUCAAUGGAAUGUACGGUGCAGUCCUUUGUCGAGGCGAUAUUAACAGCGAUAACUGUCACAGUUGUGUCAGUACCGCAAGCAAAGAAUUAAGCGUUCGAUGCUCUUUAAGAGUUAACGGCACAAUAUGGUACGAUGAGUGUAUGCUGAGGUACUCAGACAAGAACUUCUUGGGUACUGUAGAGAUGUCGCCAAGAUUCCUCAUGGGCGAUUCUGGGAACCAGACAUCGCCGGAUGAUCGUGACAUUGACGGACCUGAUCUGUUGUCUCAGAUGGCCAGUGAAGCUGCAGGGUUAGAGAUGAUGUUCAAGGCAAACAAGUUAGAUAACCGUGGGACACGCUAUGGACUGGUUCAAUGCACAAGGGAUCUUAACAGUAACCAGUGUGAUACAUGUUUGACGGCUCUGCUGGAGGAGAUCAAGCUGGUUUACAAAGGGAGAGUGGGGUGGAGAAUUUUGAGCCAAAGUUGUAGCAUAACGUAUGAGCAAUAUCUUUUCUAUCAGCUACCAGAUUCGCCUCCAGGAUCAAGUGCGAAAAUGAUUGCAGUAAUCACUGUAUCAACAAUUGCUGCAGUAGCAAUUCUUGCUAUUCUAUUGUACUGCUUACAUUUGUCCAGAAAGAGACGACAGGAUAUGGACACAGGUGAACAAGUUCUGUUGCGAAAUUUGGGAGAUGCAAAUGCCGCAGAAUUGAUGAAGCAGGAUUUGCAUUCAAGAGAUAGAGACAAUGAUGAAGACAUGCACUACUUCAGUUUCAUCACCCUACAGGUUGCCACAAACAACUUUGCCGAUGCAAAUAGGCUUGGAGAAGGUGGUUUUGGUCCGGUUUUCAAGGGAAAGUUGACGAAUGGGGAAGAAAUAGCUGUAAAAAGACUGUCUUUGAAGUCGAGUCAAGGUCACGAUGAGUUCAAGAAUGAAGUAAUGGUCAUAAUGAAGCUUCAACACAAAAAUCUGGUCAGACUUUUGGGAUGCUGUCUGGAGGGAGAGGAAAAGCUACUUGUCUAUGAGUACAUGGCAAACACUAGUCUAGAUGCCUUCUUAUUUGAUCCAGUUAAAAGUAAACAACUUGACUGGGUUAAGCGCAACAACAUCAUCAAUGGAGUUGCAAAAGGAAUUCUUUACCUACACGAGGACUCUCGACUCAAAAUCAUUCAUAGGGAUUUAAAAGCUAGUAACGUGUUGUUGGAUGACGAGAUGAAUGCAAAGAUAUCAGACUUUGGAACAGCCAGAAUUUUUGGAGGCAAGCAAGUUGAGGCUAGCACCAACAGAGUUGUUGGGACUUUUGGAUAUAUGGCCCCAGAAUAUGCAAUGGAAGGAGUGUUUUCAAUAAAGUCUGAUGUUUACAGUUUUGGGAUUUUAAUGUUAGAAGUGAUAAGCGGAAGAAAGAACAGCGGUUUCUUCAAAGUAGACAAUGCACAGAGCCUUCUAGCACAGGCAUGGCAACUAUGGAAGGAAGGCAGAGAAGAGGAAAUGGUUGAUCCGAACCUGGUUGGAGAAUGCUCUUUAAGCGAAGCUCUGAGAUGGAUCCAAAUCGGUCUGCUAUGUGUCCAAGAAGAUCCAAACAUCAGACCAACCAUGUCAAUGGUUGUUCUAAUGCUUGGAAGCAAAUCGAUUCACCUUCCCCAACCGUCGAAACCUCCAUUCUUUCCGAUUGGGUUCCCGACGUCAGCCAACCAAUCUUCAACGACUUUACUGGGAACGGGAUAUCUCUCCAGUCAAUCCUCUACCACUGCUUCUAUAUAGCUAACCAUGGGUUUCGCAAAUAUUUGCACAAAAAUUUAAUGUGCCUCAUGGAUUACUUUACGUUAGAUUAGAAAUUAAGAACGUGUUUAGAUUGUUAAUAUAUAGUUGCCACUUUGCAAUAGGAACUGGCUAUGCUGUUCGGCUGUUGCUUGUCAUUUUGCCUUAAAAAACAAAGUGACUAAAAACAUUCCAAAUUUGGCAUAUGAAUGAGGGAAAAUACACACCUUACUAUAUUUGUUUUC